AUGGAAAACCCUUCUUUUCCUUUAGGCAUGAACAACCAGAAUUUUUCUUCAGACAUUGAUGCGUUUAAGCAGCAGAAGAAAAAGGCAGGGCGGAAGAAGAUCGAGAUAAAGAAGAUCGAGAAGUCUAGCAACAAGCAAGUGACAUUCUCAAAAAGAAGAACAGGGCUAUUCAAAAAAGCGAGUGAACUCUGCAUUUUGUGCAAUGUCAAUAUAGCCAUUAUUGUGUUUUCUCCUGCUGAAAAAUUGUUCUGCUUCGGUCAUCCAGACUUCGAGGGCAUUGUCGAAAGCUACCUUAAAGGUUCCAAAGUGUUUGAUCCACCGGAAUCAAGGGAGAGAUCAGUGUCGUAUGAAGAGUGCAACAAGCAAUACGAGGAGGCAAUGAAGAAGUUGGAGUUGGAAAAGAAGAAUCUCAGAGAAACUGAAACUCUGGCUAAUAAGGGGUGUAACAGAAGGUGGUGGGAGGACCCUAUUGAUCAGAUGAGUCAAAGUGAGUUGGAACAGUUUAUGGUCUCUGUUUAUGAGUUGAGGAGAAAAUUAGCCGAAAGGGGUGGUGAAUUGUUGAUGCAAUCAAUGAUAUAAAAUACGAUGUUUUCAUUUUCAUCCAGAACAGACUUUUUUGUUUACUUUGUUGCUGUUUGAUUUCUUUACACCGCAUUCAACAAGUGUUCUUUUUAAUAUGC